AUGCAGGAGCUGGCUGAGGAGAUCCUGAGGCAGAGGGACAUCAAGUCUGAGGUCUUGUCCCAGGCAUCGCUCUAUGUAGCCGGCCAGUUGAGGAACUCCCUGGAUUUCCAGGACCCCCAGAACCAGCUACAACCCAGCCUGGGCACCCCCAAUGACAUCUUCCUGGUCCAGUUCAUCUUUUCCUGCAUAGAGCGGGGUCUCUACAACUGUAUUGUCACCAGCAAGAUGACCUUAACAGCAGAGCCUGUUGCUGGGGACCAGGCAAGGCCCAUGCUUUCAGAGGCCAGGUUGAAGGCUGAGAGGCUGGGGAGGAGCAUCAGGGAGAGGGUGGCCACCAAUGCUCUUUUCUGGAACAUGAGUCAUCUGGAGGAGUUCUGUGGACUAGUGGAGAGGGAUUGUUUGGGGAUGUUGCUGGUGUUCAGCCUCCUCUGGAGACCCAUGGACAUCAGGAGGGUAAUGCUGAGGUCCCUGACGACAUGGGCAACUCAAAGACUGCCUCUGGAUGGAGAAAGGCUGCUCAGGGACUUCUUUCAGAAUACAACCUCUUCCCUGUCUGUCACAGAGAUGCUGGAACUCUGCAUGGACAAGAGAGAUGUAGGGAAUGUUUAUAUUAGAUUUAUGCAGGAGCUGUCUGAUAGUGCCUUCUUUGACUGAUGCUAACAUGU